AAUCAGCCUUAUGGAAGAAUACAACUCUGGAUCAGAAGCUCUUUGUCAGAAGCUCAAGGAGAAAGCCGAUGGUAAAAUAGAAGUCCCCAUGUUAGACGAACUCAACAAAGUGACACUGGACGUCAUUGCAAAGAUCGCAUUCAGCAUGGAUACUAAUGCUAUAGGAGAUCCAGACUGUCCAUUCCCCGCUGCCAUCACCGCUGCACUCCAAGGUUUACAGUCGUUACACGAAAGGCCAUGGUCUACUAUGGAUCCACGGUGCAUUUCCAUGCGAAGGUCCACACGCAAGGCCAUUCACCUCAUCCGAGAAACAGGAAGAGAUCAGAUCAUGAAACGGAUCCAGGCUCGUAAGAGAGGAGAUCAUGUUCCAAGUGAUCUACUCAACCUCAUCCUCGAUAUAGCCAACGAUCUAGAGGGCGAUAAGGACUUCGAAAUGGAAAAUAUGCUGGAUGAAUUCGUUACUCUGUUUAUAGCAGGUCAAGAAACAACGAGCAAUCUGUUGGCCUUCACAAUCCUACAACUUGGCCGUCACCCUGAUGUUGCUAAGAAGCUUCAAGCUGAGAUUGAUGAAGUACUGGGACAAAAACACAAAAUUCAAUAUGAAGAUCUGGCCAAACUGGAAUACAUGAUGAGGGUCUUGAAGGAAACGUUGAGGUUGUAUUCACCGGUCGGAGGUACAACCCGCCUAACUGCUCAUUCUAUCAACUAUAACGGCAUCACAAUACCAGCCAAGUGCUCUGUAACCCUAUCCUAG